GUUCUGUGACCUGGGUCGGCUGUCGAGAGGGACUGUUGACUCGUUUCCCAGCAGCUGUGUCUUUUAUUAGAAGUCCUGCGUCUUAGGGAUCCAUCUUGCCGGUCCAAGAUGGACAAAGUCUGUGCGGUUUUUGGAGGCUCCCGGGGGAUCGGCAAGGCUGUAGCCCAGCUAAUGGCCCAGAAGGGUUACCGCCUGGCGAUCGUCUCCAGAAACCUAGAAGUGGCCAAAGCCACCGCCGGCGAGCUCGGCGGAAACCACUUGGCAUUUAGGUGUGAUGUUGCCAAAGAACAAGAUGUUCAAAGUACAUUUGAAGAGAUGGAGAAACAUUUAGGUCCAGUAAAUUUCUUGGUAAAUGCAGCUGGUAUCAACAGAGACGGUCUUCUAGUAAGAAUGAAAACUGAAGAUGUGGUGUCUCAGCUUCACACUAACCUCUUGGGCUCCAUGCUGACCUGUAGAGCUGCUAUGAAGACAAUGAUUCAGCAGGGUGGCUCUAUUGUUAAUGUGGGGAGUAUCAUUGGUUUGAAAGGCAACGUGGGCCAGUCCGCAUACGGCGCCAGCAAAGGAGGGCUUGUUGGGUUUUCACGUUCGCUUGCUAAAGAGGUUGCACGGAAGAAAGUCAGAGUGAAUGUGGUUGCGCCAGGAUUUAUUCGCACAGAUAUGACAAAACACUUGAAAGAAGAACAUUUCAAGAAAAACAUCCCUCUUGGGAGGUUUGGAGAAGCUCUUGAGGUGGCACAUGCCGUUGUGUUUCUUUUAGAGUCACCGUACGUCACCGGACAUGUUCUUAUCGUGGAUGGAGGAUUACAGCUCACCGUCUAAUUAGAGAGGAUGCUAUUGUAAUGGAGAUUUGGGUCAAGCACACAUUCUCCUAUUACUUAGACAAUCAUAUCUAUAUGGGUGACAUUUGCUAAUGGAAACAAAUUAGCUAAUGGAUGCUACAAAUGAUUCCAUCUUUGUAUGAACAUGUCUCAAAAAACAAAGUGUGACCAGUUGUGUUCUAAAGGGUGUGAAUUCUCUGUCUUUAGGGGCCGUGGACAUUUUGUAAGGGUUAUUGUGAUACACCUGUAUCAAGCUGGAUGUUAAAGACUUCUAGACGGUUGCUAAAAUAAGAGUAUUUAUAGUAGAUUGAAGUACAUUUUUUUAUUGUUACUUUUCUUUUGCUGUGUUAAAACACUAUGACCAAAAGCAACAUAGAGGAGAAAGGGGUCUCUUUUGAGGCUUGUGGUUCCAGAUGGUAGAGGCCAUCAUGGCAGGGAAGACAGGGCAGCAGUCGGGAAAGCAUGGCGCUAGGAGCAGAAGCUUGCUGGCCACAUUUCAUCCACACACCAGGAGCAGAGAGAGGGAACAAGAAGUGGAGCCAGGAUGUAAAAUCUCAAAGCCCACCCCCAGUGACAUCCUUCCCCCAGCAAGGCUCCACCUAAUGGAUCUUUAUCGUCUCCAAACAGUGCCACCAACCAGGGACUAGGUAUUGACACAGGAAUCUAUAAGGACAUUUCACAUUCAAUCCCCCAUAUUACUUGAGCAGACUUGCUGAAGGUUACCUUUUGUUUGGUUUGUUUUGCAUUUUGAGGCUAUAUUUUACUAUACCUUCUGCGUAAUAUUGUAUCUGCAUGUGCAUAGGCAAUCAUUUAUUUAAUACAUGUUGGAAAAAUGUCAA